AUGGAGGGAAGAAAGAAGAAAUCACUCGCGACUGAUCUUUUUGGGGAGAAAGAUUCUCGCCCAGCUGGUUCUUCUUCUUCUGAGAUUUUGGGCUCCAUUUUUGGGAAUCCUCCUAAUAAGGUUUACGGACGCGAAAAUCCAUCCAAAACCGAGAAAGGCACUGGAAAUCCAGCUUGGAAUACGAAAAAUGAUAACAAUGCUGUAGUUGGUGAAGGCCAAGGUAGCAAAUCCUCGAUCAACUCGCAUUUUCUCGAUGAAAAAACGCCGCCUUUUCAUUACAGCUCGUCGAUUUACUACGGUGGCCAAGAUAUCUACCAUCCACCUCCCGAGCCAUCCAAAUCCCCGGUUUUUAGCACCUUCAACAAGGAUGGAGGAGAAGAUGACCCGGGCACUGCUUCACGAGGCAAUUGGUGGCAGGGAUCUCUUUACUAUUAG